CAAAAAUUCAAAAUGUGUGAGAAGCUACCUUCCUUUCUAGAGAUCGUGGUGGCUUUCCACCAGGUCGCGGGAGCUUUCUUUGACACUGGUCUGCUGAUGGUUGCUAAAGAGCGCUGUAAUGCCACGGCAGCCGGAAGUAGGCAAACUUGUAUCUCUCAGUUUUACAUGUACAACAACAUUAUGCUGGGACUCACCCCAUUACUCUUCACCUUCAUCUUAGCCAGGCUGGGAGAUGAGAAAUCCAGGAAGAUCACCAUCUGCGUGCCACUCCUGGGCUACCUGAUCUCCAGGUCUCUGCUGGUCUGGGUGAUCCUGUUUCAUCUGCCCUUGGAGGUGAUGUUUGCCACUGCACUGCUCAACGGCCUGAGUGGGGGUUUCCCUUCUUUCUGGUCAGGAAUCAUGGCCCUGGCCUCAGACACUUCCUCUGCCAAGGACAGGUCCGUCAGGCUCAUUAGAAUCGAGCUAGCCUAUGGCUUGGCAGGGUUGAUGGGAAGCAUCUCAUCUGGACACAUCUUCAUUCACUUCACCCUCUCCCAUUACCAGGGGGUAGUAUUGGCAGGCUGCAGCUGCCUCUGUUAUUUGAUAAGUUUGCUGUACUGCCUCCUGGGGGUGAAAGCGCCAUCCAGACAAACGGCAGCUGGCGAGCAGGUUAGAAGCACGCCGCCUCUUGAAAGUUACAGAGUGCUGGGUCAGGCUGGGCGGGACCACGGCUCUGAAGCGGCGACUAGGUUCCAAGAUGAGCGAAACAGAGCCACGAAUAGACAUCCAAGUGAAACCUCAAGGCUGCUGGAUUACACUGCAAGCGCGCAAGGCAAACGGAGUUGUUGUACAGCAGUGAACUUCACAGUUGCUUUGCUCUUUGCAAGUGGGGUGUUAUACGAUCUGAGCGUGACAGGUGGAGUGGAUAUAAUUCCCAUGUUUGUAUUGAAAGACCCAUUGAACUGGGAUGCUGUGUGGGUUGGCUAUGGCUCUGCAGCAGGAUACACCAUCUUCCUGACCAGUUUCCUAGGAGUCAAAGUUCUUUCCAGAUAUCUGAAAGACACUUCCUUGAUAGUGAUUGGAAUAGUAUCAUUUUCCACUGGGAUGCUGAUCAUGGCUUUUGUGAAGUGGACUUACCUAUUUUUCAUUGCUCGAGCAGUGAUGAUGUUUGCCCUUAUUCCUCUCCCAACGAUUCGGUCAGUGAUAUCGAAGCACAUAAAAGAGACUUCAUAUGGGAAAGUGCUUGCCGUCCUUCAGAUUCUCAUGACAUUGAGUGGAGUUAUUUCUUCAAUCAUCUUCAUCCAGAUUUACCUAUUAACAAAAGACUGGUACCCAAACCUCUGUUUCAGCCUGUCUUCAGUCAUCGGUUGCUUAAGUAUCAUUCCCAUAAUCCUUGUAGAACGCAGAUCAUCUGAGCAGUCCGGAUAUUCCAGAAUACCAGAAGAUUGAAGAUUGAAUACCCAGCACUAAAAUAUCUGGAGAGCUCUAACUAUUCAAAGAAUCACUGGCUGUUUUCCAAAACACCUGUAUGCCUUAAAAAAGCAGUUUUACUUCCCUCCAAUUAUAACUCUAAUUUCAAUUCAUACCUACAUUCAGCUGAUAUCUCCAAAAUCCUGAAAAGAGCCACUGCCGCUGUUACUGCUUGGAAACUAGUUUGAGGUAUCAGUCUUUUCCAUUAAAUAUGCAGGCUCCCAUUUAUAGAUGUUCAUCAUUUAGAAUGAUUACUGACUAUUUUACCUACUUGGGGGUUAAAAUUGCUAAGAGGCAUAAAGACUUAUUCAAGCUCAAUUUUUUACCGUUAAUUUGUCAGGUUAAACAAUUGCUUACUAAAUGGUCCCUAUUGUCUCUGUCACUGAUUGGCCGAAUCAAUGCUAUUAAAAUGAUUAUUCUACCUAAAUUUUUAUAUCUAUUUCAAGCAGUACCAAUUUUUAUUCCUAAAUCUUUUUUUGAUACUAUUGAUUCUAAAAUUUCCUCUUAUAUAUGGCAGAAUAAAAAUCCCAGGUUAAGUAAAAAAUACUUAAAGUCCAAGAAAGAUGGUGGUUUAGCAUUGCCGAAUUUAAGAUUCUAUUACUGGGCAAUUAACAUUCAAUAUUUAAUAUUUUGGACACAAGACUGGGAUAUAAUUCCAAGUCCACAAUGGGUAAACCUCGAAAGUUAUUCCGUACAAGGGUUUUCAUUAGUCUCUAUUUCAGGAUCUUCACUCCCUUUUGUGUUUGCUAAAUUGAAUAAACAAAUGGUUAAUCCAAUAAUUAAACACACAUUACAAAUAUGGAUCCAAUUUUGUAAAUUUUUUGGUUUGAACAAAUUUAUAUUAUCAAGCCCUAUUAUAUCUAAUUUCUUUUUCCAACCCUCUGUUAUGGAUCAAGCCUUUUUGAUAUGGAAAAUGAAGGGCAUAAUAUGUUUCCAUGAUUUAUUUUUGAAUAACUGUUUCAUGUCUUUUAAACAGUUGUCUAAUAAAUAUAACUUGCCCAGAUCCCUUUUUUUUAGAUAUUUACAAAUAAGGAAACUUUUUAAAUACAAUGCUGUCUAUAUUUCCGAUUUCAUACUCAACUGAUAUUACGGAAAAAAUUUUAAGUUUAAAUCCUUAUCAGAAGGGAUUAAUAGUGUGACAAGAAUACACAUAGAUGUUAGCUGUCCUGUGUGAUCAGCAGUUGGUCUGCCACCUGUCCUCAGGGGAGGGAGAGAUAAGGAACACAAUGAAGCAGCAUUUGGAGAUGUUAAUGAAGGAGCCAUCAGUCUGGGUAUUGUCAAGAUCGGCUCCCCCUUUGAACCCUGAACUGUUUGAAGUGAUGGACAGCUGUCUAGAGCGGCUCCCCCUUUGAACCCUGAACUGUCUGAAGUGAUGGACAGGCGAUACCCCAGUAGGGGGAUAAAAAGGGACAGGUUCACUAAGGCAGGACACACACGACACCCCGAGGUAACGAGACCCUGGAAGCGGUGCGCCUCUCACAAGUCGGUGGGAAGCUCUUUGACGGCUGAUCGGAGGAUCAGCCUUAAACGCACAGGGUGGAAAGGUACGAUCAGCGGGAACCCGGAGUGUGUCCACCCUCGCUUGGGUGCCGGGUUCACUGCAGAGGAUCGACUGCAUCUGGAGGAGGGGUCACAGUCGGUGACCUCAGGUGACAUCACAAAGGACCCGCCCGGAAGCUGCUUGUGAGCAAUAUCGCAGGUCUGUGAGUGGAAGCCGUUUUGAAUGAUCAUUUGUUCUUGUUCUCUCUCUCCUUCCCCCCCCCCCCCCACAUUGUCCAUCGCCAUGGCUACGAUUACUGCGAACUGAACUAAAUUGAACUGGACUUUGUCACUUUGAAAUUGGUCAUUUACCCCUAGACAACGAUAGAGCUUGAUUGAUCCUGUUAUCUUAAUUCUGUGCACAUGUGUGUUUAUCAUUGCUGAACUGUUGCAUUUAUUAUCCUUUCGAUUACUGUGUUCCUUGUUUCUUUAAUAAAACUUCCUUAGUUCUAGUAAUCCAGACUCCAACUGAGUGAUCCAUUUCUGCUGGUUUGGCAACCCAGUUACGGGGUACGUAACAAUAGCAACUAUUUAUGAUAUAAUUAUGAAAAUACAGGCGGGUAUAGCUGAUAAAAUUAUACAGGCGGGUAUAGCUGAUAAAAUUAAAAACGAAUGGGAAAAGGAACUUCAACUUCACUUACCUAUAGAGAAAUGGGAGAAAAAUUUUCAAUUAGUUAGCACUUCCUCUAUAUGUGCUAAACAUAAGCUGAUACAAUUUAAGGUAAUGCAUAGGGCUCACAUGUCUAAAGAUAAACUAGCUUGUUUUUAUUCCCAUAUAAAUCCUAUUUGUGACAGAUGUCACUCUGAGGUGGCUUCUUUGACUCAUAUGUUCUGGUCGUGCCCUCUCUUGGAAAAAUUUUGAAAAGAUAUCUUUGAUAUCAUUUCAACAGUUUUGCGUUUUGAUUUACAACCCCAUCCUAUUACGGCAAUUUUUGGUUUGCCAAUGAUGGAACAUAGCAGUUUACUCUCUUCAGCUUGUCAGAUGAUUGUAUUUGUUACAUUAACGGCCAGAAGGUCCAUGUUAUUGAAUUGGAAAGAGACCAGACCCCUGACUACCUUUCAUUGGUUUUCCCAAACUAUAUCAUGUUUAAAUUUAGAAAAAAUCAAAAUCAAAAACUCAACAUUUUCAUAUGAUGUAGUUUGAACUUUUCCAAAUCCUUUUUAUUAACUUAGAAUAUAUGAAUAGAGGAGCGGAGUUGACGACAUUAAUGAAUAUAUUUGAUCUAAUAUAUUGGUUCAGCCCUGUUUUGUUCUGUUUGUUUUUUUUUGGGGGUUAGUAAUUUAGCUUUUUUUUAAAGUUUUUAUUGUUUUUUGGGGUUUUUGUUUUCUUUUCUCUUCAUGAUUAAUUAUAUUAAG